CUUCUUACAUGCACCAUGAAUGUCUCUCACUUCUUGGCCUUGCUGCUCCCAGGAUCCCCACAGGGUCAAAACAGGAGCAGGUCCAGGAGCAUUCCGUACAACUUCUCUGACCACUGCCAGGAUUCUGUAGACCUGAUGGUCUUCAUUGUCACCUCUUACAGCAUCGAGACUGUUGUGGGGGUGCUGGGCAACCUCUGCCUCAUAUGCGUGACCAUCCGGCAGAAGGAGAAGACCAAUGUGACCAACCUGCUCAUCACCAACCUGGCUUUCUCCGACUUCCUCAUGUGCCUCAUCUGCCAGCCGCUCACGGCCAUAUACACCCUUAUGGACUACUGGGUCUUCGGUGAGGCCGUUUGCAAGAUGUCGGCCUUCAUCCAGUGUAUGUCGGUGACGGUCUCCAUCCUUUCGCUCGUCCUCGUGGCCCUGGAGAGGCAUCAGCUCAUCAUCAACCCAACAGGCUGGAAGCCCAGCGUCUCCCAGGCCUACCUGGGGAUUGUGGUCAUCUGGCUCAUCGCCUGCUUCCUCUCCCUGCCCUUCCUGGUCAACAGCGUCCUAGACAAGGUCUUUCACAGGAACCACUCCAAGGCUGUGGAGUUUCUGGCCGAUAAGGUGGUCUGUACUGAGUCGUGGCCGCUGCCCCAUCACCGCAUCAUCUACACCACCUCCCUGCUGCUCUUCCAGUACUGCAUGCCGUUGGCCUUCAUCCUGGUCUGCUACGUGCGCAUCUACCGGCACCUGCGGAAGCGGAAGCGGAUGUUCCGCAAGGGCACCUACAGCUCGCGGGCGUGGCUGAUGAAGCGGAUCAAUGGGAUCCUCAUGGCCAUGGUGGUUGCCUUCGCCGUGCUCUGGCUGCCCCUGCAUGUGUUCAACAGCCUGGAGGACUGGUACCACGAGGCCAUCCCCAUCUGCUCUGGCAACCUCAUCUUCCUGGUGUGCCACCUGCUUGCCAUGGCGUCCACCUGUGUCAACCCUUUCAUCUACGGCUUUCUCAACACCAACUUCAAGAAGGAGGUCAAGGCCCUGGUGCUGACAUGUCAGCAGAGUGCCCCUGUGGAAGAGUCUGAGCAUCUGCCCCUGUCCACAGUGCACACAGAGGUCUCCAAAGGGUCCCUGAGGCUCAGUGGCAGGUCUAACCCCAUUUAGCCCGGCCUAGGGUUUCUCCCUGCCAUGUUCACUGCCAGGCUCUUUCCCUUAGCGAAGUGGGCCAAUUGCAUCAUGACUGGCAUUGUUACUGGUAAUCUGGUGGCACUCCAUCAUUACUGGCUUUCUGGAGCCCAGGGAGGCUGGCAAGAGCCUAUUUUUGCACCCAUUUGCCUUGAGAAGCCUAACAUUCAGAUGGUCAUGCCAUUUGUUCCUGGGAGAAUUCUGAGUCUGGAUUCUGCCACUGACAGCGUGCCUUGAAGCCUGAGCAGGUGCCAGAACCAGAGAUGGUCUGCUUGUGGCCGGCAGGGUUCAUUCUGGUAAUUCCCCAUCAGAUGGUCAGCCUGGGAACGCAAGGAUUUCACCUCUGCCAGUGAGAUUGUGAGGUCACUGUGGGGUGAGGGAAGGAGCACGUGGGGUCAGAGCUCUGGACCUUGGUCAACCCCUCACCUCUGGGACAGGUGAUGUUGGCAGACAGGCACUGUGAGUGGUAAAGAAGUCCAUGAAGGCGAGAGAGAGGGAUUACUGUUAUAUGAUUAGCACGUCGCAUUGCAGAGCAUGGAUCCUGGGAAUCUUGGGUCCUUGUGCUCCUCUGCUGGAAGAAAGUCAGACCCCGGGAAUCCCGGGAUUCACAUCCUGCUCCGUCUUUCUCUUUCACUGCCUCUGCCACCUGAGGCGGAAAUAAGGCUACAAGUAUCUCCCCUUGAUAAGCACCUCGAAGGGGGCAUCUGCAUUGUCAUAGAGCGGAUGUUGGCUGUCCAUGGAUAGCCACGGUCCAGCAUGGGGAGGGCUUAGGCUGCUGUAGCCAUGCUCUUACCUCCCCUUCCUAGCCUGCAGGACUUCCCUUGACAAGGCAGCAGGCCAGGAACUCUGUGACCCUCCCCAGCAUGACCCACUGCCAAGGCCGACAGCACUCAAGGGUGGGACUCCGGCCUCCUUCGUUCCACACUCUGACCACUGAGCUGACUUGCUCUAGGUGAUGUGCACUGUUGUUCCAAAGCCUCGCCAAGCCUUCCGGAGGGGGAGGGGCAGGGGAUUCUUUAGUUUGGCUUAAUGGGACACUGGAUGAAAGGAGUAGAGGUCCGCCUUCCUCCAGCCCACCAGGGAAAAUGGAGAAAGGGCUACAAUGAACAGGAAUGUCUCACCCAUGGAGGUCACGCUCCAGUCUUCUGGCUGCUGACCCAGACCCAAGGCUUUAUCUUUGUGUGGGCCAGACAGACAGAUCAAGAUUGCCUCUGGGCCACUUUCAAUGGGAUGCCCGGGUCUGGCUCUUGCCUGCGCAGACCCACCCACCCUGGGGCAGAGUGGGCACUGGCUAGACCCAUCACGACCUCCUGGGGCAGGAUACUCAGGUGCCCAGAGCGCCCAAGGAGUCUCACUGGGAGGCAACGAGGACUGCUGUUGGCAGGAUAUCUGGCAGAGGGCCAGACAACAGGAGAUUGAACAGCCACGUCUGCCUGUCUCUCUGACCUGGCCCCUGGCCAAGAACUUGUGCAGCCGACACCCAAGUCAAGCGCUCUUUGAGCCACCAGCUCCCUUCCUGGAGCUGUUUGUUUUGUCCCAGCUUUUUGUCCCCGCUCUCAUUCUGUUCCUUUGGUGAUCUUACCCUGCCUUUUGGGAGAGAUCUUGAGCCACUUACUGGGUGCAGCUUGUGCUGGCCCUCUGGUGCCAUCUGCUGCUGGCUGCUCCAGGGAAGCACCUGCCAGCCCAGCCCAGACCCGCGGCUCAUCCCGGUGCCCUGUCAUUGCCCAAGCGUCCCAAAGCGUUUGGGGGCCUCAGACCUCUCCAGAGCCCGUGCAGGUGCCUGGAGUUGAUGCCUCAUUGCCCAUCUCAGGGGGGAAGCUUGGGGACAAGGAUGCUGUAGGGUGCCCAAUGCCGAGGAUGGGGGGACUGGGCUGGGCAUCUGGCGAAGGUGCUUGGCAUUAGGAAUUGGGGUAGUGGGUGAAAGCUUCGUUGAGUAUCUUCUGUGCUCCCCUCACCUUACUUGGGUGGACACAACGUGCCCGAUGGCUGUCUCCUGCUCGCAGUUCCUAAUUCCCCUUGGAGUUGUCUGGCUCCCCAGCACCCUGGGAUCUUGCUGCAGGAAAUAUGUUCAGAAGACCAGCAGCCUCGGCAUCACCUGGAGCUUGGUAGACACGCAGGAUCUCUAGUCCUUGAGAACUAUUGAAUCAGAAUCCGCAUUUGAUCAAAAUCUCCAAGUUGAUGGUGUAUACAUUCGAGCGUAAGAGGCUCUGCUUUAGGAAACAGAGUGCCCUGAAGCCUGGAGCCACUCGGCGAGUUGGACACUCCGGGAUCUCGAAGAGAGCUCUAGGAAUCCUAGCUCGGGAGCUUAGGCUUUACAAUGGUAUUGCUGAAAAAGGAGGUUGAUUGGCUCUGGUUGUUUGUCUCAUCUGCAUGUGGACAUAAUUCUUGUGACGCCUUUUCACUCCUUCAAUAAAUAUUUACUGAAUGAACAGUUUGUGCAGUUACAUUCUUAGCAAUUGUGUAUUCUGCUCGA